UCCAACUCGAAAACUUCUUCACGAUGUAGAGGGAUUUUGUUUACCGGUUUUCUCGUAAAACAGUGCGAGAUGAAGAUGCAGUGGUUUGCCAUAAUGAUGUGCUUAUACGCUGGAGUAGCAAGCGCAAGGACAGAGGAAGAUCAACAAACUUCUUCAACUUCAAUUACAGGAAUGUCCGGUGGUCUGUUACAGCAAUGCUUUUAUCAACAAUCUAGCGAAUGUCCUGAUGUUAAGGUAACUGGAUGUUCAUGCAAAAAGAUCAUUCUUGCCCACAAUAAUCCUGAGGGCAAUGCAGUGCUCUGUUGCAAUUUGGAUAUUGGAAACUUUGAAUCUGAACUUUCCUGUACAGGAUUUCCAUCAAACAUAUCUUAUAUACAUAUAAGAAAUGCAACAUUGGAUGUAUUUAAUGUUAGUGAAAUUCGAUGGAGAAGACUAAAAUCACUUGCAGUUACGGAUGGAAAAAUUAAUAAAAUAAAAGGGCAAUUUCGAAUGAUGACACCAACAGUAUGCUUAAAUCUUUCAAACAAUGCUCUUAUUGAAGUAGAAAACAAUUCUCUUACACGAUUAGCUCAACUUACUACUUUGGAUUUAUCUUAUAACAAUCUCACACAUUUACCAGCCUUAAAUACAAUGAAUGGUCGUGAAUUUUGGCUUGAUAUUUCAGGAACAAAUACACUAUGGUGUCAUGAUAUUUACCAAUAUAUUAAUAAAACAGGAGAAAAGCAAAUUAAUUUUAAUCGCGAAAAUGAAACUGUAUGUUCAGCAAGCAAGACUUGGCAUUGGUUUAACACCACAGAACAAGUACCCCUGAAACAAGUUCGAUACCUUAGCUUGUUGCAAACAGAAUGUCCUAAAGGAGAUACAUGGCAGUGUCAAUGCAACUUCGGAAGAUUGGAUAUUGUUGAAGGUAAACCACCGACUUUAGCGGUGAAUGUAGAUUGUAGUGGAAUUCAAAUUACCGAAUUACCAGAAAAGUUACCUCGCAAUACUAUAGCGCUGAAUGUAUCAUACAAUAACAUUACUGCAUUGGACGAUCUCAGUACUAAUCCAUGUUACGAAGAUAUAAGGGAAUUUUAUGCCGACUAUAAUAAUAUAUCAUCUAUAAAUAAAUUAGAAGGUUCCAAAUUUUUGGACAACUACGCUUUCCUUAGUUUGCGAUACAAUAAAAUCAAAUCUCUUCCUACAUAUAUUUUAAGCCCUAACACUCACGAUAAGAGCUUUAUCAGCUCGCGAUUAGUAAAACUUGGAGGAAACGAGUUACAUUGUGAUUGUAAUACAGCUAAGUAUCUAAAGGUGUGGCUACAAACACGGAUAUUAGAUUCAGAUGAAGUGUUGUGUGAAAAUGUAAAAGAAAAAGUCGUCGAUUUGGAACCUUCGAAAAUGUGUGUCUAUCCCGGUGACUGGACAGACUAUAUUUAUUAUAUUAUCGCUACAGAAGUUGUACUAUUAAUAAGCCUGAUAGCUAAAGUAUCUUACGAUUAUUGGAUUUUCAAAACAGCAGGCUACCUUCCGUGGCCAGCAAAUAAAAUGCCGAAACUACCUUGCGAUUGGUUAUGUGAGACCUAG